UCUUACUCUCUUCCCUACAAUUUCUCUCUAUUUCCUAAGUUAGCACCAUGAUCAGUUCCAAGAAACUCGUCAAGUUGGCAAAAAGAUGGCAGAAAUUUGCUGCCAUUCGAAGAAAGAGGAUUUCCUUUCCAAGUGAUGAUACGGAUAGCUGCACUACUUCCACUCCAGUUAACAGGGGUCACUUUGCUAUCUACACGGCUGAUCAGAAGCGAUUUGUAGUCCCUCUAUCUUAUCUCAAGAAUGAGAUUAUUAGGGAACUCUUAAACAUGUCAGAAGAAGAAUUUGGGCUUCCAAGCAGUGGGCCUAUUACACUACCAUGUGAUGCAGUCUUCAUGGACUACAUCAUUUCACUUCUUAGCCGAGGUUUAUCUAGAGAACUUGAGAGUGCACUGCUCGUCUCAGUUACUUCACAUCGGUGUUCAUCAGCUCUGCUACACCAAGAUGGGUGGAGAAAUCAGGAAUUGCUAGUUUGCUGAUAUUGAUCUCAAAAAAAUUUUGUAAAUGAGGAUAUUAGUUGUAGCUGAAUACAUGAUGUGGAAUGUACAUAAAUCCAAUACAGAAAUACUUGAUAUCCAAAAUCUUCAGUAUUCUUCUUAGAAAAUUCAA